CGAAUCCCAGACUGAGCAGGAAGUGUUAUAAUAAAUCAUAUCAGUUCCCUCUAUGUGUGCCUGAUAAGGAACUCCGGGUCUUUGAGACCAUGCAGGGGAGCGGCGGUCCUCCAGGUGGGCUGCCUCCUCCUCAGCUCAACACAGCCCACAGUUAGCUGUGUGCUCUCUCACAGAGCAGCAGAGCACUGCUCCGGGACAGGGCUACCUCUACCCCAGUCUCUCACAGCGGCGUGCUGCUAAGUGGUGGGAGGAAGAUGAGGGAAGAGGACCAGUAGAAACAUGGGAGCUCACAUCUCCUGAAACCUCAUGCUGCUGCUUCUGCUGGACUUUCUGAUGCUACGGAGAAACCCCAAAACUUCGAGGCUUCAAGGAUGUUCUUCUCAGAUGGGACUCUCUCAGCCGUCACUUAUGCGCUCCUGUUGGGAAUAACGUGUCUGACCGUCCUCUGCGACCACACCAAGGGAUCUUCAGACUUUUCAGGUUACCUGUCCAAAGUGUUGAGGAACUACACGGAACAGGCCUGUGACGGAGACUUCCUGUCUGUUCGCUGUCCGCCCCGCACUACUAUCACUGUCCAAUCAGCUUUUUACGGAAGGAAAGGAGCCUCAGACCCAAAGCAGUGCCCGCAGACGUACCAGGCCCUCCUAAGAUCUUAUAACGCUCAGGAGGAUGACCGAUAUUGCUCUGUGUCCACAGCACUACAGAAAAUGCUGGACGAGUGCCAGGACAGAAGGAGCUGUCAAGUCCUUGUCAACAGCCGCGUGUUUGGGACGGACCAGUGUCCCGGCAGCAGUAAAUACCUCAUUGUCUGGUACAAAUGCAGACCGAACGAGUAUAAGAGUAAGGUGGUCUGCGAGGAGGAGAGGAUGAGGCUGAGCUGUAAAAGGGGCAUGCAGAUUGCUGUUUACUCUGCCAUGUUUGGGCGAACUCAACGGGGGACCCUGGAGUGUCCCCUCUACCACAGGAGGGCUCCGUCAGUAGACUGCCAGUCGUCUGAGGCUCUGCAGGUCCUGACCGCUCGCUGUCAGGGGAAGAAAAGCUGUCUGGUGCGAGCUUCCACCAGAGAGUUUGGGGAUCCAUGUUACUCUGGCACCAGGAAGUACCUGAGUGUCAUCUACACCUGUGUCCCAAAGAAAUUGCUCCAGGAGCAGGGACCCAGACCGCCGGUGUUCUCCCCUCCACCCAGCGCCCAUGACCCCAACAUAGUGGGAGACAGCCCUCCUGAGGGGAGCUCCGUCAAAAGCCCUGACUCUGUUCCAGAUAGGAAGAAGAUCAGGGAGACGAAUCCAAACGAGGAAAAGUUUCCACGACCCACAGGAGGAGAAGGUGGAGAAGGAGGAAGUCCCCAACGGCCCCCAGACAUGAAUCCAAUCAUCAACUCCACCUCUAGCGCCAACAUGGCCCUCAUCAGCAACGCACUGGCAGCCUACACUUACAUAUCAGACCACCCAGAGAGGGCCGCGCUCUUCUUUGUCUGCGGCGUCUGUCUGGGCCUCUUCCUCACGCUCUUCGCCCUGGUGGUCCAGAUCUCCUGUCGUACCGACUGCCAGCCCCGCCAGCGACCUCCCGCCAAAAAACGAGCCCGACCCACUGACUCUUCUUCCGAUUCCAGCGACUCAGACUCAGACUGGGACACCACCUCGGAUCUGUCGGCACGGAGGCACCGGCGGUUCGAACGCACACUUAACAUGAAUGUGUUCACGUCAGCAGAGGAGCUGGAAAGGGCGCAGAGGCUUGAAGAAAGGGAGAGGAUCAUACGGGAGAUCUGGAUGAACGGACAGCCAGACAUUCCCGGGACACGGAGCCUUAACAGGUAUUACUAAAGACCGUGAAAGGACUUGAAUUAACUUUAGGACGCACUUGGCCCUUAUGAAGCUUAACGAGCCAGCAUUUGAAAGCAACUGUGGACUCACUUCAUUGAGACUUUUGCAGACUUGAAGAAAGCUGGUUUGCAUAUUCCUCUGGGUAUCAUAAGCUGUAAAGGAAUAAGCUCCCUCUCUGCAUGCUAAGUUCGCCUCUUAGCCGCUCUCUUUCUUCCGGAAGCGAAGGGUGAAAGGCUACACCGCCUUGCCUGUGACCUCAGCACGCCUUUUUUGAAGUGAGGAUUUAUGGGUAAAUCGCGUUAGACACACACAGGCCUGCAGAGACUGUGUGGUGUCUGAAGAACGAGGCCAGAUGAGUUUGUUUCUGCUGCAGAAACCUGCAAAACUUCAUUUUCUGCUCAGCAACCUCCAGUAUUCACGUGUGGACUUUUCAAAAUAAAAGCAUUAAACGUGUACUGGGCAGAGGGACAAUCUAAGACAAUCUUUAAGAAAAACUAUGCUGCCUUUUGAACUGUCACAAAACCAAAAGAUAUUUUUAUCGGGGAAAUUCAUCUCAGCCCUUAUGAAAUCUAUUUUAUAAUAUUUAAUAGUUUAUUGAUGUUGUGUAUUUUUGUUCCCAAGUAUGGUUUGUUGUAUGAGAUAUUUUUAUACUUACUGCGAAGGUUUGUCUGGCACCUCAGGGAUGCAAUCCUAGUGUUUCUGUAUUUGGUUGAUGUAUUUUGCUUCCUAAAAAGGGGAUCAGCCCAUUUAAACAGUGAUGUCUGCAUUAAAAGAAAAGAAUUAGAUCUAUCAUAUAAAGAGCCUCAAAGAGGUUUUAAUGAUUCAAGCUUAUUUUUGAUACACCAUGUUUAAUUCACAGUGCAGUGCCUUUUCCAGCUGUUAACUUGCUUUUGUCAAUAGUGCAGCUGGUCAGAUGAUUUAUCAAUCCAGGAUUUUUCUUUUCAUAUAUGUAUGCCAAACAUUAAAUCUAUUCAGAAGAUGCCUAUUUUGUACUGUAAAAAUGUCCAAGAAUUCAUUUUUAAGUCCUACAUUGUGUAAAUUUGAGUUUUGUGUCAAUUGUGCUUUUGUUUUAAAGGUCCAAGAGCUAAACCAGAUGCUUAUUUCAGUAAUCUGAAGAAGGAACCAGCACUGAAAAAGUAUACAUACAAAGUGAGUUUCAUAGAUCAUGAUACCAGUUUAAUAAAUAAGCUAUCAUAAAUCCAGUUCUGUAUGUGCUGCCCUGGGUUCAAGUGUAGAAAUAACACUAGUUAAAAAGAGGCUUGCUAUUUUCCUGACUGAGAGUUUAAAUGAGAGUACACAGGACAUAUUAGGGUCAUCCAUAUAUAGCUUUUACAAAGUCCGUUUUAAAUGUUUUCAAAUUUUAUUGGAAUUCAAUUGUGACAAUAGCUGGUAAAGUGAGACCAAAAUAUGACUCCUGUGCUUGGAAUAAACUGUGUUCAAC